AUGCGGCUCGCUUGGGGUAUGUGUGUCGCCUCCGUGUCCGCGGCGGUGGUAAAAGACAAGCGAUAUUGCGAGCUUCUCUUUGUCCAGCCUCCCGUCGGCGGAAGCGCCGUUGCUGACGUGUUCAGCACGUUCGGCCUGAAUGCGUGCCCUGCUUCUGUGUGGAAUGCCAUCACGCCCAUCAACGCCAGAGACAGCGCAUCCAUUGCAGUCGUCCUGAAUGGGCCGCGCUAUUGGACCAUGGACGAGUUCGGCCCGCUGUCGACCUCCGUCGUGAAAGACCGCGUGGUCAAGACCGUGCAAGGACUCAACGUGACGCUGCUGGGCCGCGUUUCGUUGCCGUGGCCCCUCCCGACGGGGUCUAGCGGUUUCUAUAAACCCAGUGCUGUCACCCGCAACGCCGACUUUGUCUGGCGAGCCGGCUCCACUGCGUUCUACUUGACCAACGAAGAGAGUGGAGAGCGGUACAUCAUGCAGUCGUAUUCGCAGCAGGUCCAUCCAAGCCUGACAUUCGCUUCACUACCAGCGCUGCGAUUUCGCGAGCUCCCGCCGCGAUGGUCUUUUUCUGCCGUCGUCCUGCCAACUGACGUCAACGUAACGACCCCUGCGCUCGUCGGCGGGGCAGCGUCUGUCGGGUUGGUGUUGCAAGACGAAUUCGGCAACUCGUACUCGUAUGCUGGGAACGUUGAUGCGUACUUGGCGCGAAUGAACCAGUGCACAGAAGUGAGUAUCGUGGGCGAUGCCACGUACUGCAUCCCAACCAUCCCAACAAUUUGCAGUGGCAGCGGGCCAUCACCGACUGGCACAGCGUGUCCGUCCAAAGGAGAUGUGGCGGUCAAGGACUGCUGGCCACACUUGCCAAGCUUCGCCAGCGUCCAUUGCGUCGCGCCACGAGAUACCACGUGUCGCUUCAUGCCGUCAGGCGCAUGGGGCUGUGUAUGGACCUAG